AAUCGUAAAUAAUGUGCAGAUAAAAAUUUCCGACAUACAUAUUCGAUAUGAAGAUGCUACUACUACAGGACAACCUUUCGCUUUCGGUGUUACGCUGAGUGAUCUUACCGUUCAUACAACUGACGAAAACUGGGUUCAUACGCUUGUAACGGACUCUGUUACUAAAGUAUAUAAAAUGGCUCAAUUGGAAAUGUUGGCGGUGUACUUGAACUGCAACACGCAGCUCUUCCAGCACUGUGAUAUAUCUGAUUAUGAGUCAUUAUUUGAAGAAUCAAUAGCCUCCAUGUCACGUAUCAAAUCCCCCGAACAUCAAUACAUCUUUGGACCGAUAAAUUCAAGUGCAUUCUUGGAAAUGACACCGAACCCGGAAUUAAGCGAAAACCCUUUUUCAUCGCCGAAAAUCAAGCUCAAAAUUUGCAUGGAAACACUGGCCAUAGGAAUAACUCAAAUUCAAUUUCAAAAAACGAUGCAACUUGUAGAGGCUUUCGGUCGAAUGAUACGUGCAUUGCCUUACAGAAAGUAUCGCCCGUAUGGCAUUGGAUAUAAAGGUAAUUUCACAGAAUGGUGGCACUUUGCUUACACUUGCAUACUAGAAACGGUUGUUCGUAGAAAGAGAAGCAACUGGUCGUGGGACCACAUGUUAAGGCAUCGACAAACUUUGAAAAAAUACGAAGAAGCUUAUCGCCAACAGCUAACUGCGAAAAAGGUAACCGCAGACUUGAUGAAUCGAUGUGAGGAGUUUGAGAAGAUUUUAGAUCUACACAACAUCGUGGUGGUUCGCCAGAAAGUAGCAUUAGAAGUCGAGAAAGAAGGUAUGCGACAACGAGCGGAAGAGCAAAAAUCAACCGGUUGGUUUAGUUCAUGGUGGGGUGGGACAUCUAAAAAAGAAGAAACAUCGGCUGCCGUCGAUAUCAAAAAAAAGUUCGAGGCCGCUAUGACUGCAGCAGAGAAAGCCAAACUUUUCCAAGCGAUCGGAUACCAGGAAAAUGUUAUUCCAACAGAACUCCCAGAGCAUUACAUAUCGCAGAUGCUUCAGUUUGAGCUUCGGUCAUUAGAAAUCUCAAUUAAAUCAAAUGUGUCGCAAGAAAGUAAAGCAGUUAAUCGGAUUAUGCUUCUACAAUUAAAAAACGUCGCUUUCAACAUCGAACAGCGUCCUUCGGCGGCUGCAAUCAAAGCAUCGUUAGGAAUGCAAGAACUUACCAUUUCUGGUCUUAAGCAAUCUGAUCAACUGCCUAUAAUGGUGAAAUCGCAACUUAAUGGCUCACAAGCAUUGCUUGACGUGUCUUUUGAAACAAAUCCGAUAGACAAACAAUGUGAUCAGCGUGUUGUGGUCCAUUCAAGACCAUUACAAAUGGUUUACGACGCGGAAACAAUAAUUCAAUUAGCAAAAGUAUUCCAAACUCCCCGAACGGCAACAAUUUCACAGCUGACGGAUGCUGCAGCAGAAAAACUGGUCAAUAUUAAAGAACGGUCUGCUACUGGUUUGCAAUAUGCAAUUGCAAAACAUCCACGCUUGGAACUAAACGUUGAAAUUAUGCCAAGCUACAUAAUUAUGCCUCAUGGAGGAUUUUUUUCAGCAGAAACAUCUGUGUUCGUCCUAAGCUUGGGAAAGUUAAUCGUAAAGACAGAACCGCGCCCAUUUAAUCGCAGGGAUGUGUAUACAAUGCACAGUGAAGGCAUAAACCAAGAUGAAAUUUUGUCAGAAAUUAUACGCCAGAGCUAUGACAAAUUUAUUCUUGAAGUGCGAGACGUGCAAGCAAUAGUAGCUUCUGUCGAUGAAGAAUGGUUUAACUCGCUAAGCAUGAACAUUGUAACCGAGAUGCAUGUUUUGGAACCAACAUCUUUUUGCAUUUCGGCACAUUUAUGCGUUAUUGAUGAUGAUCCACGCUUACCAAAAUGUAAGAUAUUUGGUAUUCUUCCAUCGCUCAAUAUUAGCGUUACCGAACAGCGCGUGUUGGAAGCAUUAUCAAUCGUUACCAGUAUUCCGCUGCCAGAAAAUACCGAACAGAACCAACCAACACCGAUGACCAAAGAUUCAAAUAUGCUCAGCUCCAGUUUGUCUUUGUUGAAAUAUUUAGAUGAAAAACAGUCUAAACUGCCGAAGAUGCAUCGUUCUUUGGAAUCGACUAUAAUAGAUGCCGUCGAUGGUGUAGUAAUACAGUUUAUUGAUUUGGAAGUCAAAUUCGAAUUACAUGAGUUUUCGCUAACUAUUUGUAAGUCUACCGGUGGAGGAACUGGUACCAGUUCGUCGGAUGUAUUUGCGACCCCAACAGAAGAGUUUCCACAGUCUCCAUUAGAGCAUCAAGAACCAAAAACGGUUUCCUUGAAUCUACAGUAUGCUGGAUCAACACGCACAAACGCGCAAAAAAUUAUGGCCUUCAAAGUAAGGUAUUUAGAAAUGGUCUUGGUACAGCGUACGUACGAUCUUAAGGUUGAUGUGAAACUAGGAGCAAUAACCUUGGACCAGUUCCGAGCGAGUGAUGGGCCUGACGUUAUUUUGAAUGUUAUUCAAACGCCAACAUAUGAUUCGGAUGCUGAUUAUUUAUUCACGGUCAAAUAUACGAAUGUAAGUAAAUUUGGUCCCGACAUUAUGGGCUGA